GUGCAGGGUGGAUGACCCUUCCCCCCCCCGCCAAUUCCACCCCACAGGACGUGGCCACACUCCAGUUCUGCGCCAACAAGCUUGAUAAGAAGGAUUUCUUCGGAAAAUCUGACCCCUUCAUGGUCUUCUACCGCAGCAACGAAGAUGGGACUUUCACCAUCUGCCACAAGACAGAAGUGGUGCGGAACACACUGAACCCCGUCUGGGCAGCCUUUGCCAUUCCUGUGCGUGCCCUCUGUAACGGGGACCAUGACCGAGCCAUCAAAGUGGAGGUAUACGACUGGGACCGUGAUGGCAGCCAUGACUUCAUCGGGGAGUUCACCACCAGCUACCGGGAGCUGGCUCAAGGCCAGAGCCACUUAAACGUGUACGAGGUGGUGAACCCCCGGAAGAAGAUGAAGAAGAAGAAGUACCUGAACUCGGGGACAGUGACACUCCUGUCCUUUGCUGUGGAGGCCGAGCACACCUUCCUGGACUACAUCAGGGGCGGGACCCAACUCAACUUCACAGUGGCCAUCGACUUCACGGCAUCCAAUGGGAACCCCUCACAGCCCACGUCCCUGCACUACCUGAGCCCCUUCCAGCUGAAUGCCUAUAGCCUGGCACUGCGGGCCGUGGGGGACAUCAUCCAGGACUACGACAGUGACAAGAUGUUCCCAGCCCUUGGCUUUGGCGCCAAGGUCCCCCCAGAUGGGCAUGUGUCCCACGAGUUCCCACUGAAUGGGGAUGCAGCAAACCCGGCCUGCCAUGGCAUUGCGGGGGUGCUGGAGGCGUAUCAGCACAGCCUGCGUCGUGUCCAGCUCUACGGCCCCACCAACUUUGCCCCUGUUGUCAAUCAUGUUGCCCGCUCAGCGGCCACGGUGCUGGAUGGGUCCCAGUACUUUGUCCUCCUCAUCAUCACUGAUGGUGUCAUCUCUGACAUGGCCCAGACCAAGGAGGCCAUUGUCAAUGCUGCCAAAUUGCCCAUGUCCAUCAUCAUUGUGGGGGUUGGCCAGGCCGAGUUCGAUGCCAUGGUGGAGCUGGAUGGGGAUGACAUCCGCAUCUCUUCCCGUGGGAAAGUGGCUGAGCGUGAUAUCGUCCAGUUUGUUCCAUUUCGUGACUACAUGUCGGGGGGUCCCGGCGCAGGGCUGAGCAUGGCAGGACUGGCACGGGAAGUCCUAGCUGAGAUUCCCGACCAGCUCCUGUCUUACAUGAAGGCACGGGGAAUAAAACCUCCCCCCAUCCCUCCCAUGUCCCCUGAAACUCCCACACCCUGA